AGGCGUGUGUUUAGAUGGUAAGAUGUGAACUCUGAACGAGGGAUUUGCCACCUCCUGUGCGAAAAAAAUUAAUGGAAACACCUCUUCAAGUGACCCUUUGCGAGUUACAGCCUCCUAAGGUCAGGUCGUGUGAGAUUGCAAGUCAUGUCACUCCGCUAAGAUUAUCACAUUUAGCUAUUUAGCCCACAUGGCUAUGCUGUCUUUGAGUAGACUGUUUGUAGAAUACUUGAUGUUAUUGUGAGAAUUCACAUGAAUCAUUAUUAAUUUAAUACUAAUUAUAAAAAGAAAUCAUAUUAUUUUAUAAAUUAGAAAGAAAAUUAGCCACAGAAAUCAACAGGAAAAAAGGAGAGAAAGAAAGGAAGUUCACUUCCUUUCCAACAAGUUUACUUCCUUCAAAAGUAGUUAGUCAACCGAUGACUACGUGUUUAGAUCAUUGUCAGAUGAUCCUUAGGCUUGAUCUCCAUUGGAGGAGAAAAUUAGUAUAAAAUAAAGAUACGUGCUAAAAUCAGGGCACUUUAGCUCUUCUGCGCCUUGGCAUGUCUUUGUUUAACUAAGUGCCAUAGUUCCUCAUACAAGUAACUUCCAUCCAAGAUUAUGAAUCUCAUAAGUCAAGUUAUCACAGAGGUAAUAUAAGACGGCUGGAUGGCCGAGCGGUCAAGGUGGCAGCCCACCAUUCUGGGGGACCUGGGAUCGAAUCCGGACGGGUCAAGGAAUCCCCAGGAAUUUUUCAGGGGGUUGGUCCGUUUGGAUAUGUUGGGCCCCGUCCCUCACCAGUCAGUUGCAUCAUUGUGGGCCUGGCCGAACCCAUGAUGGGCCUGCUAUAAGAGGCCCUCCUAGUGUCCGCAGGGUGGAAAGAGUAUAAUAAAAAAAUGAAAAGAGUGCUCAGGAGCUUGUUAAAUCUAGAAAAAGUAAUUUGAAAGGUACUCAAAGUUAUGGACAGAAGGGAUAUAUACCAACGCAAAGCUCUAAAGAGAAAAAACGUAUUGAAUCUGUAAUAGAUGAAAAAGUUGAAAGUUUAAUGGAACAACGUGUUAUUAGAAGUGGUGAUCUUCAAUGUGCACACUGGGAUCCUACUAGAAAAAAAGCUUUCAUAUUAAAAGCAAAGGGAAAAUUUAUGCACCAUGUUGGAGAAAGAAUUGACAAUAAAAUAGCAUUAUAUCCUGAAGAAAUUCUGUAUUUAAUGGAGACAUGUUAUCUAGAACUAUUAUAUAAUGAAAUGCCUCAAAGUAUUCAAGAAGCUUAUUCACUUGUUUUAGAAGAACCUGAGGCCUUAGAAAAAUUUCAAGUUUAUUCUUAUUUAAGUAGACUUGGCUAUAUUGUUGUAAGACAUAGGAAAAGGUUGCAAACUUCAAAAAGAACAAAUGAAAAUGUAAAUUUUCAACAUAAAAUGCCUAACACAGAUGAAGAAAUGGAUGGACAAAGCAAGAAUUCUUCAGAAGUGAAUACUAAUGAGAAAACUCUUGAAGUUGAUAGUUUUGAAGUAAUUUCUGAAGUUAUAGAAUCCAAAGACAAUAAUUCUUGUAAUGUUAAAUCUUGUUUAUGGGAAGGUAUUGAUAUUCCCAAUAUAGCAGGAAAAACUGAACUUAUCUUAGAAUCACCUUUAUCUCAUUUAUUACCAGAAAAUGUAUCUCCUCAAAAGAAGUCAUAUGUUAUAAAUAUAUCUGCUAUUAAAAAUGAAUGUUGGCACUCAAAGAAUACAAUGAAACGAUCAAAAAGUAACAAAAGUUCUCAUCCAAAAAGAUUCAACAAUUCUGAAAAAUAUGAUUCUAGAAGUUACAGAGAAUCAUCUUAUACAAGUAAUUACAUUUGUGAUUAUAAAAAUUACAGGAAUAAAAAUACAAAGAAUGAAAAGGAGUACUCUAUUUCAUAUGAAUCUCAAAGUAAUUUUUAUGAUGAUAAAAGGAAAUUAAAUAAAUCAAAUUAUGGUCAAGAAUACAAACCAAAGAGAAAGAGAAGUCGUAAAAGAUAUUUUGGUAAAUCAGUUGGCUUUAUUGGCUUUGCUGGUAAAAUAUCUAAACCUACGAACUGUUGGAAAGACUACAAAAAUGAAGUAAAACGAAGCCUAUAUUCAAUUGAGAAGUUCAGUUCAGAUUCAACGUUAGAAAAAGCUGAUGUUAUUCCUUUAGUUGUAUCUUCAGAUAUCUUAAGUACAGAUGAAAUAUUUGCAAAGUUAAAUAUAUUUAAAAAUAACAAUUUCAAAAAUAUAGAUACUACAAAUGAAAGUUUAGGAUAUGAAUCUGAUCUAAUACAAGUUGAUUUUGAUGUUUAUUUGCCAAAUACAAAGUAUAAAAGAAAAGAUCCUUUGCCUCCAGCUCACAGAAUUAAAGUUAAAAGGUUAACUGAUUCUGUCCCAAAACUUAGUGACUUCAUUGCUCUGCAAUCAGUUGUAAAUGACAAUGUUCCUCUACAUUAUGCAAUUGUUGAUAAUGGAAUAAUAUCAUUUUAUUCUUUUGGGAAAACUUCUUUACCAAGUUUAUGCAAUUCUACAGUGUAGUCUUCUUUGUUUAUAUUAACAUAUUUUUAAAAAACAAUCAUUGUAAUAU